AAAUCUUAGCGACGUGUCGUGACGCAAUCAAUGCGCAGUUGUGCAUCUGCGCAGUACCGGAAGCGAAUAAUAGCUCUUCAGAUACAGCUGCUAAAAACAUUUGGAUAAAAGAGCUCCACAGAAGAAACAGCCGCUGGUGAAUGGAAGUGGCGAGGGCCGGAGAGAUGGGUCCCGAGAGAAUCUUACCGAACCCCGAGGAGGAUGCGCUGCAGGACCGGCCCUCAGACACCGCGGCGCCGGAGGAGUGGAGCGGAGCGGAGGAGGAGGAAGGAGGCGCCGGAGACGAGGACCAGGGCAGUGCUGGAUACUAUUAUCAGCCUCUGAAUCAAGACCCAGACGGGAUGAACGGCUCACACGCAGAGCCAGCGAACGAGGGAACCACCGCAGAGCAGCUGCAGGACGUCCAGGACAGAAUAGAGGCCAUGGGUCUGUUCCUGCCCCAGCCGCCUCCUCCUGACAGCGACGAAGAGGAGGAUCCUGAAGGAGCUGCUGCCUGCAGAAGUUCUGCGUCCAUUCCCAUGGAUGCAGAUCACGUUGAGCUGGUGAAAAGGACCAUGGCGGCAGUAAAUUUGCCGACACUAGGAAUCCCUGCCUGGGCCCAGGAGAUCUCUGACGACCAGUGGAAGGACAUGGUCCAGCAGACGCUUCAGUCCAGACAAAGCUCUGCAGGCCUGAGACUGGAACGCAAUUGAAACCGUUUCCAGAGCCUCAUCUCACCUACUGCACAUCUCACACGGCAGAAACAGAGCUUCUGACAUCUCAAACAAAUCAAAAGGCAUUCAUCACUUUAGUUGUGGUUUAUACAAACUGUGGACUGAAAUUCUUGAAAUGCAAAUCUAAUAGCUUGCCUUUUAAUUGCUUUGAACUGAUACACAGCCAGUGUCCAGUUGAUGCAG